AUGCUAAAGCUUUAUACAAAGGAAUGGAAAGAUUUUAUUUAAAAAUUAGAGGUCAUCAAGACCAAGUCUAACAGAGAAGUCUUGUGUAUUCAUUGCUGGUAAAUGCUUAACUGCAAACAAAAAAUAAAACAUUUGAAAAAGACCCCCGAUCACGAGAAAUAUUUAUUAACAUCUACUAAAUAUGCUAGCGAAAAGCAAAUUAUUGCACUCGCUAAAGCUUAAAACAAAUUCGUCACACAGAAGGACGGAGAAUUUAUAGUUACUCCUUUCGGUCCUUUAAAUAGAUAAUUUAGGGAUACGAUCAGUUUGUUUAACGGAGAAGACCAGAAUGAGAUGAAAGUGCUAAACAUCGAUAUAAACCAGUAGACUUAUAGGUAACCAUCUACGGCUACCCCAAUUAAAUAUGAUCAACCACUCAACUAGUAAAACCUCUUUGGACUUGACUCAGCGCAAGCACUCCUCAAAUAAAAUAUCUUUUUGCCGGUUAGUCAAAAUCUCAACUAAGAAUCCUCAACUCAAGAUAUUCUUUCUCAGCUUAAUGCUAAAUUGGAUUCUAUAGUGAAAGUAUUAUAGAUGCUGGUAUAAUAAGACCUACUUGUAAACUAGAAUCUCUCUCAUUUAAAUUAAAAUUUCUAAGCUCUGACGCAAUUGCAAAUUAGCGGUAGAUUCAAUCCACACUAAAUAAACCAUGAAAUGCAGAACCCACUACAAUCAGCUUCAUAAUUCCCGUAGUAUUAUCUAUAGGGAUCAUUCCAGUCACCAUUAGCCUAAAUAGGGUCCAGAAACUAAUAAAUAUCUUUGUUAGGUAGUAAGUAGCAAUAUAAGUCCUAUAUAAUUCAACCAUUUUAGGCAAGAUAGGAACAAUCAACAAUCAACUUCCUUAGUUAAAUGACAGCCUUAAACAAUAAAAGACACACUCAGUGGUUAGUGAUGACUCUAAGACCUAAUGUAAUUAUAUAUAACAUUUUAACAGUCAAACUUAGAAUACAAUCCAUAUGA